CCUCCCCUCACCCCCCCCUCCGGUCCCCUUUGCCUGACUCCAGCUGGUAUCCUUCUUCCUGCCGAUAGACGGUUCUGUUGCAGUUGAGGUGAGAGCCACCGGUCAUCAUGGGAAACAUCUUUGGCAACCUAUUGAAGAGCCUCAUAGGCAAGAAGGAGAUGAGGAUCCUCAUGGUGGGUCUGGACGCUGCUGGAAAAACCACAAUCCUCUACAAACUGAAGCUGGGGGAGAUUGUUACCACCAUCCCCACAAUCGGUUUCAAUGUGGAGACAGUUGAGUACAAGAACAUCAGCUUUACCGUGUGGGAUGUGGGUGGCCAGGACAAGAUCCGUCCUCUUUGGAGGCACUACUUCCAGAACACUCAGGGUUUGAUCUUUGUGGUCGACAGCAAUGACCGUGAGCGGGUGAACGAAGCUCGGGAGGAGCUGAUGAGGAUGCUGGCUGAGGAUGAGCUGCGGGAUGCUGUUCUUCUCGUCUUUGCCAAUAAACAGGACUUACCCAAUGCCAUGAACGCUGCAGAGAUCACAGACAAGCUAGGCCUGCACUCCCUACGCCACCGCAACUGGUACAUUCAGGCCACCUGUGCCACCAGUGGAGACGGUCUCUACGAGGGCCUGGACUGGCUGGCCAAUCAGCUGAAGAACAAAAAGUGAUGAGUACAGCCAGUAGCGUGGGGAAGAGCCUGGGUGCCAGCUCCAGGUAGUGGUUAUAAGGGAUCCAUUGUGUUCACAUGGAGAGGCAGUGCUGAAAAGCUCCCAGGGGGUGACUCUCAAUGGCUUUCUCCCCCCAAAAUACUUUCAUUUCAUCUCUUUAUUCUGAUCAAUUUAAUUUGUUUGGAUCUGCGGUGAGCGUUUUUAAGUAUUUACAAACCAAUGGUGUCGAAGUUGACCUAAAUUACUUACAUUCUUACAAGCUGAAUACAUAAAUAUUGAGAUGUUAUAGUAUAACUGUAAAGGCAUAUGUAUUUCCCCCUCUACUUUGGAGUCUCUAUAACCCAUCACCUUUUAAAUUAGUUUGUAUUAAAGUGAUGAUGGCAGAGCAGCCUUCCCUCAGAUACUUUAAACUUAAUGUAAAUUAUAAAGAAUGUCAUAAUAGUAUAGUGGGAGUACUACUACUAUCUCAGAAUACUAUCACGUUGUUAAAACAGUAUACUCAUACAGGCUCAGAUGUAAAGUUUUUGUCCAUACCAAUGUUUUACCACCACCAAAUAAUGCAGUUCAAAGUUUAUUUAUUUAUAAAUGUUUUAGAUUUUAUUUACAUAUAUAUAUAUAUAUAUAUAGUUUUAUUUACUUUAUUGAACAAACAUUCACUGGAUGUUCUUAAACAAUCAUUUUUUGUCAGCAUUUAUUUAUUUAUUUAUUUAUUUUACUGUUUUAUUUUAAGUGCAUCACAUGGUUUCUCCCUUUAUUGACAUGUGCAUUCACUGCUAAGGCAGCUGUUUGAAAAAAGAAGCCCCCAGUAUCACUGUACGUAUAUUACCGCUUCCCAAUCUGCAUGGAGAUAUCCCAGUACUGGCUCUUGGGCUUGAUGAGAGCUGUGAACUACCGCAGGCCGCUGCUGUAAAUAAAGAUUUGUUCUUAGUCGACUUGCCUGGCUCAAUAAGGGUUAAAACAAUUUGUCUGGCGUCAGUGAGGUGUGAUAGCUGAACUGAUACAGAUGACAGAACAGGCACACUGUACCAGCUCAGUGGCUUAGAAAAAAACAUAAUGCUGCUAUUGGCCUGCCCCGUGGAGAGUGAUGCAGCAGAGCAUGUGAUUGGCAAUAUCAGAGAGCUUACAUAGUUUUGAAUGUUUAUUUUUUUAAGUUAGUUUGUGCGAGCAGUUGCACUAUAUCUGUCAACUCACAUCGCUUGGCGUCCUAAUUUAUCCAUCCCUAAUUGGCAUGACAUUAUACAUGCUUCUUGUGUUUACCAUAUCUCCAUGUUGCACAAAAUAACUCUUGAUGCGUUAUUGUUGUACAAAAUGUAAUGUCUGUUUAUUUUUCAAUGGGGUAUUUAAUUUAUUUUGGAUCCAAAAGCAAGUGUUGAUUUUAGUGUUGUUGUUUUUUUUUCUUUUUUUUCUUAAUUUGCUAACAAGCAGACAGUGAUUCACACGAAUCACAUAAUUUGAAAAAAUAGGAGAGAGGAUGAUAGUAAUACUGCAUCAUAAGGCAUGUUAAUAAUGUACAAGAUCUGUAAUAAAAGUGAAUUAUAAUAGCCUGUUUUCUCAGACUAUAUGUUAGUCUAAAUUAAUACUGCUGGUUGGAACAAUGCUGUACUGAUAAAUGUUAUGGAUUUAGUGUAAAGUUUACCGAACAACCUUCUAAUAUGCAAAAGCAUGCUUUUCUAUGUCAGCGCAACUGUAUAUAUGUUUAUGUAACAAGAAAAGUAUACCAUGGUACUUGCGGUCAAAUUGAAAGUGUUGUUGAUACACCUGUAGAUAUUGGGGUCAGUGUGUUGGCAGAUAUGUAUAACUGACAGCAGCUUGUGUGUGUGAUGUGCCCUCUAUUACAUUCAGUUUGGUGUGAUUUGUUUUUGUGGCCUUAUAUUGCCAGUGGUUAAGUUCUCUUUGAUAACAGGUUUGUAUGUAGGAAUGUCCAACAUUCAAGUAUCUCACCUUACGAUCUGUAACACUGCUGCACUCACAGUUCUGUUGUGGCUAAACGUCCUUCUUUCACUCACUAUUGGCAGACUUUUAACUUGGGGAAAAAAUAAUGAAGAAAAGCAAAGACUGCAGAACAUUCCAACUGAUUCUUCAAAAAGGAACAAACUGAAAAUGGAUUUAAUUAAUUCAGAGGAAUUAUUAUUAACAAGAGGAGGAAAUGAAAACAACACAAACUGGUGCAAAUGUGUUAAAUGAUUUACUGAUUCCUGGCACUACAUCAAUCAAUCAAUAAAAUGACCAAAACAUAAA